UGUGACGUCAUUACCAUGCGACGACAUUUACACUCAGCCGGAGGAACAGAAAGGCUUAAAGUCCCCACCAAGGAGGACAUUAUAUUUGAAUAUUAUAUAUGCAUGUGUUUAGCCCGUUACGAAGAUACGCAUUGCCGUAUAUUAAUUUCGAGUUUCUUACAUUUUAAAUAUCAGUGUGGUACACGGGUACAAACUCCAAGAGAUAAACCGAUCUGGAUUCGCGACUCAAUUGCAGUGAUUUAUAGUUUUCUGUACUGUAUUCCAGUCAUAUAAAAAUCUUCUUGAAUUAAUUAAUCAUGCCACUGCAACUUGAAGCAAUGUCAAGCAGGAAGCGUCGACCCAAUUGGACAGACCAGGAGUGUUAUCUUCUCGCUCAACUAGUCCACGAAAGAAAAGAAGUAAUCCGAGGGAAGUGCACCAGUGGUUUAUACGAUAAGCGGCAGGCAUGGGACGAGAUAACACAAACUAUCAACUCAGCCUUUCCACAGAUGCAGCGAACUGUGUCAGACUGCAGCAAAAAGUGGGAAAAUCUACUGGCAAAGUCACGGGAGGAGAUCAAACGACAGAAGAUGCACACAGAGGAUGACCUGUCACUGAAUCAGUUCAGUGCUUUGACCCAGAUUGUGAUUUCUGUGAUGAACCCUUCAGUCCUACAACAAGAUGACGACGACUCUCAACCCUUUGACUUGGUGGAAAGUCAACAAAACAGUGGCACUAAAGAUGGAAGCAUGUUCACAAGUGGCGAACAAUUUAAAGCCAAACAUGAGCAGGCAGAUUUUGUGCUCCCGGCCUAUGGUGCAGAUCCAUCCUCGACGUCUCCGGGACAAAAAAUGACCCCUUUUUCUAACUUUCCUAAACAACUCGCAGUGCAGUUUAGCCCUCAUUAUCCCGCCGCCUCUGGUGAACAGUCCAAUUCUCACUCUUUUCCUUGCACACAUGAUGCACACUGCGCCACUUCACAAGAAAGGAUGGAUUUGGAAAUGUCUGUGCUAAGAAGACAGGAGGCAGUCCUCAAGCUUCAAGAAGAAUAUUAUACACUCAAAAUUCAGCGGAUGAAGAAGCAAAUGGCAGAAUCACCUCUACAGGACUGAAGAGUGGUGGAAACCUGUUGUCAUUUUGUUGUGGUUUGGGUGCUGUAAAUGAUCCUGUUAUUGUGGUCCGACACUAAAUAGUGCACUUGUUUGGAUUGUUAUUAAUAAUUUGCCUCUGCAAAUACGAGGAACACUCACGGUCUAGGGACCAAGCCCUGAUUUUAAAAUUAGCAAGUUGUGUAGUGUUAAAAUGAUUGUCUUUUUUAGGAACUCCAAAUUUAAAUUGUCUUUUGGGGCGUGAUAGUUGGAAAUUAUAAUAAGAAUAAUAAAAUCAUGUUUAAGCGCCACCAAUAGUCGCUUAUCCAAAUCAUAUUUUCUAACAAGAUACAUUCAACUACAUUAUUUAAUCUGUCAUGUAACGAUUACAAACAUCUAGACUGACAUCUAAUAUUUUGCGAUAUUUGGAUUUUGCAUUUUUGUUUUGUUAAUGGCUAAUAAUUGGUUAUGUAAAAUGAAACAACUAUUUUUAUGAGAAUAUAAAAAGCCAGUCGGGUCACAUUCAAGUGAAAUCCAAAUAUAUUUGCAAUUUGUAUUUUGAAAAUAUGAGAUGGAAAACACCAAUUCAACAGAAUGUUGCACUGACUUAUUGUGGCCUGGUGCUUUUCUCACGAGGUCUACUUACAAAGUACUUUUUUUGGUAUGAUAUACAUGCACAUAUUUUGAAACAGGAAAUUGGGUUUCAUGCUGCUUCAUAGUGUUUACUGUGCAGUAAAUGAUUGACUUAGUAUAUCAAGAUAAAAAUUUGUUCCUGACAAAGUAAAUGGAGUUGAAAUUAUGUCCAGUCUAGACAAAAAACUGUUGGAAUUUGUGCGUGAUAAUUCUCAUAAAUCAGUGUAUUUGUGAGUGGAUGAGCCUCACACUCAAAUGUAAGCUUUGUAGCCAAGACUAUUUGAAUAAAAGGCUCCCAUUU